AUGUCGUGGGCGGGGUUCAAGAAGAAUGUGAACCGCGCGACGACGCAGGUGAUGAUGAAGACGGGGCAUGUGGAGAAGACAAACGACAGAGACUAUGAACUGGAAGAGAGACGGUUCCGAACAAUGGAGGCGGCAUCGUUGCGACUACAAAAAGAGGCAAAGGGGUACCUAGACUCUCUUAGAGCAAUGACGGCAUCGCAAAUGAGAAUAGCCGAAACGAUAGACGCUUUCUACGGAGACUCGGGUGCCCGGGACGGCGUGAGCCGGAGUUACAAGCAAGCCGUCGAGGACCUCGACGCCGAGACCAUCAAGGCCCUCGACGGCCCCUACCGGACGACGGUCCUCGACCCCAUCACGCGCUUCUGCGCCUACUUCCCCGACGUCAACGAGUGCAUCAAGAAGCGCUCGCACAAGCUGCUCGACUACGACGCCCUGCGCGCAAAGGUCAAGCGCCUCGUCGAGAAGCCCGACAAGGACGCCACCAAGCUGCCCCGCACGGAGAAGGAGCUCGAGAUGGCAAAGGCCGCCUACGAACAGCUCAACGAGCAGCUGCACUCGGAAUUGCCGCAGCUGAUUGACCUGCGCGUGCCCUACCUCGACCCGACCUUCGAGGCCCUCGUCAAGAUACAGCUGAGGUUUUGCGCCGAGGCAUACUCGCGCAUGGCGCAGGUGCAGCAGUACCUUGACGCCGACACUAGAGACCAGUACGCCGAGGGCCACCUCGACGCUAGGGUGGAGCAGGUCCUUCAGGAGAUUCGCGAGUUGAGCAUCAGCGGCACGGUGUAA